AUGGAAAAGGAGGAAGCUGUCUUCUAUUCACAAUCAAAAGAGCAACUAACUAAGGGGCAAGAAGAGAAGAAGAUGUUAAAGAAUGUAUCUAAAAGUCCAGUCAAAAAACCGAAAGAGCUUGAAAAGGCACAAAUUCAAGGACUUAGAGAUGAUGAAAUUGAGUAUGGAGAAGAUGAACUCAGAAAUGAGCAUGAUUUUUACCUUAUCAGCGCUGUAAAUAAUAGGCUCAUUGAAGGUCGCUUCAUAAUCACAAGGUUUAAGAUAGUGUUCGUUCCGUAUGACAAGGAGCUUCAGAGGAAUGAAUUCUUUAAGAAAAUGAAUGUGAUAGAAUUAUAAACCUCAUUGAAAAAGUGACGAAAUUCUUUAACAAAAAGGCUCCUGACCAAUAUUACCUUGAUAUAUUCACUAAAGACUUCAGACAGAUGCGAAUAGUACCUAGAUCUUAUCCUAACAUGGAUGAAAUUUACAACAAUCUUUUGAUUGUUGCUUUUCCGAGUAAAUUUAGCAGUUCAAUAUUUGCCUUUAAGCAUAAAAUUUCUAAGCCAAGGAUCUCUUCUCGUGAUAAAUCAGUAAUUGAAAAACUUAUGCAAGUUGUACCUGAAUUCAGGACUUACAGUAAACUCCCUACAGAUGGAUGGAAUGUUUACAAAUUCUCACUGGAGUAUAAAAGAAUGGGAGUCAUUUUCUUCCUUUGCAAUGCAACUGAGCAGGAUAAUUCUGAGCUAUAUCCAUUUAAAGCAAUCAGGUGAUGGAAUAAAACUAAGAAAGGCCGACAGUUAUGCAAGACUUAUCCUGAAUAUAUUAUUGUUCCUAACUCCAUCACUAAUUCUGAACUGGAAGGUACAGCUAAGUUCAGGACUAAGGGAAGAUUCCCUGGUCUCUCUUACUAUUAUAAAAAGAACGGAACUUCUCUCUGGAGGAGCUCUCAAAAUAAAGGAGGGAUUACUAGCAGGUCUACUUCGGACGAAAAUAUGUUGUUAAAAAUUGGAAAUACGAAUACCAUCACAAACAAGGUUGUCAUCUUUGAUGCCAGGAGUAAAAUAAACGCAAUGGCUAACAAGUUAAACAAGGGAGGUUAUGAAAACUGUGACAAGCAUUACACUAAUUGAAAGUUGUACUUCUGUGAUAUCGAUAAUAUUCAUGGAGUCCGUAAAGCAUAUGAGAAAAUGUUCCAAGCCUGAAGUAACCAGAAUACAAAAGGAAAUUUCUAUGAAGCAAUGGAAAAAUCCGGGUGGAUAAAUCUCAUCCAGAAAUUAAUCGUCUCUGCCAAAGAUAUAGCUACUGUCAUGGAUAAUCAUGAAAAGAAUGUCUUGAUUCAUUGUUCCGAUGGAUGGGAUAGAACUGCACAGCUCAGCACUCUUGCUCAGAUCAUUUUGGAUCCUUUCUACAGAACUCUGAAAGGGUUUCAAAUCCUGAUAGAGAAAGACUGGGUUUCUUUUGGCCACAUGUUUGAAUUACGACUAGGCCAUUUCAAAGUUCAAAAGCAAGAUACAAGUCAAAGAUCGCCCAUCUUCAUUCAAUGGUUAGAUUGAGUGCAUCAGUUAUUACACCAAUUUCCAACAGCUUUUCAGUUUAAUAUUGAUCUUCUAACUUUCCUUGCACAUGAAGUGUAUACAUGUAAAUAUGGAACUUUCCUCUUUGAUUGAGAGUCUGAAAGAGCAGAAAUGAUGGUAAGAAAGAAGACUAUCUCUAUUUGGACAUACGUGAAUAGGAAUUUAAUGAGAUUUCUAAACCCUUUCUACAAGAAAGAUGAUGAGAUCUACUCGCCAACAAUGGGCUUACUAAAUACAUCUCCAAACAUGAUUUUCCCAAUGAGUGAUUAUACCUCGAUCAGGAUAUUCAAGGAGCAUUUCUUCAAGUAUAAUGAUGAGCAUCAAAUGCAGCAACAAGCUACUUAUGGCUCUCCAAUGGAGAAGCUUAACAAAGUGAUGAUGAAAGAGAUGGAUCUUCAUGUGGAAAACACUGAACUCAAAUAAACUUAUCAAAAGCAUGUGAGAAGAAAUGUCCAAAAUGCAGCAAGAAAAAGAAGAGAUUUCAACGAAGCCAGAUUAUUCUAAUGACCAAUCUAAAGAUGGGCAUACACAGCCUGAGAGUACUGAUAGUGCUGAUAAAAGUAAAGCUCCAGAAUUGCAGAAAGAAGUGCCAAUCAAAAGAAAACCUAGUAUCGAGGUGGUAUAUGAGAAUAAAAAGGAUCAUCAGGAGACAAAAUUUGUAGUCAAUCUUUCAGACAAGGAUGAAAAUGAAGAAGAGAAGAGGAUUAUUUAUGAAGAAGAGGAUGAAGAUGAAAUUACUACUCCGAAUGGCAAAAAUUUAUCUCAGAGUUCUUCUAGCAGUAACGAAAAGGUGGAAAAUUUUGAUAUCUCUCCCUCUGGACAUUUGGAUAAAUCCAAGCCUGUUAAAUCCCAGAUUAAUAACAAUUCAGAUGGUUCAGAGCCCUUGCCAUCUGGUGAGCAGCCCUCGAAUGAACCAUGUGGAGAGCUUGAACCAAAAGAUCCAGAUAAAGACCCCAAUGAGGAUCAUUUUGACAAAGAAUAUCAGAUGGAGGCAAAGAAAACACAGGAUUCUUUAUAA